AUGACAAUUUUGCUACUUUGUGAAUAUUAUCGUGUUGAUGGUGCUUCAGUUAUUGAAAGGGAGUUAAGAAUAGUUGGAGGGCAAGCUGCAAAAAUUGCACAAUUUCCACAUGCAGCUGCUCUAGUUCUUCGAUUGGCUACACCACGAAAUCAUGCAGCUCAUUGUCUUGAAGAUAUACUCAAUCUUGAUGUGUUAGCAGGGCUAAUCGAUAUAACACAAAAUCCACAAUAUCGUCAAAGAGUUGAACUACGCGAUAUUCGACAACAUCCUGAAUACGACAACGAUUCCUUAUUGAAUGAUAUCGCUUUAAUUCAUUUGAUUCGAAGAAUUCCAUUUAAUCGUUUAAUGCAAAAAAUUGCAUUGCCAUCAAGAUCACUCAUCAAUAAUCGAUUCACUGGUUCACUUGGAACAAUUAUUGGUUGGGGACAAACUUCUAAUGUACCCCGACAAAUCUCAGAAACACUUCGAUUUGUUAGAUUGCCCGUUGCCCCAGAUCAACUUUGUAUAAAUAUUUACAACACUGGCUUUCGUUAUUUCAACCCUUCAAAUAUUUGCAUUUCUGGUGCAAGAGGCUCAACUUGUAAUGGUGAUUCUGGUAGCAGUAUGCAACAAACAAUCAAUGGAGAAGUCACCAUCAUUGGUAUUGUGAGUUUUGGUAGGACGUCUUGUGAAAGCGGUGAUCCCGUAGCAAUGACACGUGUUACGAGUUAUUUGGAUUGGAUUGCAGCAAAUAGUAAUGUGAUAUUAACAUAA